UCUGAAAAUGUUUUCUGGCCAAUAAAGCAUAUAUUUCCAGCGCUGUCCUUGAAUAGACAAGUUAGAUGUAUUGACGGAUGCAGUAGGAAUUGUGUGGGUCAGCAUUAUUUGAUUAGAGAAGAGUGUAUAAAAACGAGAGGGGUUUUAGUAGGGUUUUAGAAGGCCGCUAAUGGUCUUGUGGGAUUUUUCAAGAUGCUGUCCAGACUGCGGUUAAAUGCUGGUUCUUGGCUUAUCCAUACUCAGAGCACCAAGCCCUUCAAUGCCGCUUCUUAUUGUGCUACAUCUUCUCAUACACGAAUAACUACAAUGUUGAAAAUAACUGCACCAAUUUCUGGGAUAGGACACAAAUGUGUUACAGAAAAUGGACUGACAGGAGGAGGUACAUUACCGCUCCAGGGAACGCUUUUUCAGCCUGCAUGCGGGGUUAUUAAGUGGCCUCCAAAUGGAUAUUUGUCAUUUUCAACUUCACAGAGUGCAGAGAACAAAGUCAAAAGAAGUGGCAGAUCUAUAGGUGGGAAUAAAAUUUCUUCUGCAAUAGACACGUCAAAGAGAGGUCAAACAAUAUGUCAUGAGGUCAAGGGUACCGUUAAGGCAAAAUCAAAGCAUACUCUAGGCAAUGACCGUGUUGAUAUUAAAAGAAAAAACAAAAUAGCACAUGCUGAUUUUGGUAAAAAUGACAGUGAGCUUGUUACUGCUUCUGAUAAACAACAAGCAAAUGGAAGCUACAGUUCAAACCUUAACAAAGGUGAAAAGCCCCAGAAAAAUAAGUUAACAACAAAGAAAAUAGUUGAAAAACCUUUGGCUAUUUAUAAUGAUCAGCAGGCACAAGAUCCAGUAAAGGAGACAGAUGUCUGCAAUAAGCUGCAAACAAAUUCUAGCCCCAAGAAGAAGAUUGCUCGGCUAAAGCAAAUAAAUUUGAAUAUUCAGAAAAAAGAUACCAAGGCUUCUGCCAAGCUCGAAACAAAAUCUAGUGCCAAAGCAGAAGUUGACAAAGCUGCUCAGCUGGAGAAGAAAAAAUUGAAAACACAAAAAACAGAUAAAAAAGAUUUGGCCAAACAAUCAAAAGCUUCAAAUGGGAAAGUUGUAGUUGUAGUUGAAUCCGAAACAAAGGCAAAAACUAUUCAAAAGUAUCUAGGAGAUAAGUAUUUAGUUGUGGCAAGUUAUGGUCAUGUGAGAGAUUUGGCUCCCAGGUCAGGUUCUGUGCGUCCUAAUGAAGACUUCAUUAUGAUCUGGGAGGUUCCUUCGGCAGCUUGGACUCACAUUAAAAGAAUUGAGGGAGCUCUAACUGGAGCAAGAAGCCUUGUCCUUGCUUCAGAUCCUGAUCGAGAGGGGGAGGCAAUUGCCUGGCAUAUCUGUGAGGUGUUGAAGCAGCAAGGUUCCCUGAAGAAAAAUGUGCUUGUUCAGAGGGUUGUUUUUCACGAAGUAACAGCAUCUGCCAUUAAAAAUGCUAUGGAAUCACCGAGAGACAUUGAUAUGAGUCUUGUACAUGCGCGCCAUGCACGUUCUGCACUUGAUUAUUUGAUAGGGUUUAAUAUAUCACCACUAUUAUGGAGGAAACUCCCUGGGUGCCAGUCGGCUGGACGUGUCCAAUCAGCAGCUCUCUCUCUUAUCUGUGACCAAGAGAAGGAAAUUGAGAAAUUUAUUCCUCAGGAGUAUUGGACUGUGGAAGCUAAAGCUUGUACUCAAGAACUGCCACAUUCUGGUUUGAAUUCUGCUGUUCUGGCAAAAGUAACCCAUCGAGAUGGUAAAAAGCUAGGAAAAUUUUCUCUAAAUAAAAAAGCCUUAGCUGACAAUAUUGUGCAGAAAGUUUCCUCAUCAAGUUUCAGAGUAUCAGAUGUCGAAAGAAGUACCAAGAGAAGCAACCCCCCGCCACCCUACAUCACCUCAACUCUUCAGCGAGACUCAGCUAACAAGUUGAAGUUCAGUGCGACCAAAACAAUGAGUUUGGCUCAGAAACUAUAUGAAGGGGUUGAAAUUUCUGAUAAUGAAGUUUCAGGAUUGAUUACAUACAUGCGGACUGAUGGACUGCGGAUUAGUGAAGAAGCUGCUGAAAAUAUUCGUUCACUGGUGACUGAAUGCUAUGGGGAAGAAUAUGCAGUAAAGAGCAUUAGGAAAUUUUCCAAGAAGGUAAAGAAUGCACAAGAGGCCCAUGAAGCAAUCAGACCAACUGAUAUUCGUCGUAGCCCAUCAAUGUUGGCCACUAAACUUGAGAAAGAUUUACUGAAGCUGUAUACUCUUAUAUGGUGUCAAGCCAUGGCUUGUCAAAUGUCCGAGGCCAGGAUAAAUCAGAUAUCAGCCAGUUUUGAAAAUGAGGACAGAUCUGUUAUUCUUCGGUCAAGUGGAUCUACUGUCUCAUUUCCUGGAUAUUUAGCUGUAUCACAGGACAAUGCAACUUUUUUGACCAAUGAUGAAGAAAUCGAACAAAACGAGGAAGAUAAUAACUUCUCAUGUCUUUCAGAAAUAAAGGACAAUGAAUUAAUUGAGAACGUUGAGGAGAAACAAAAAAUGGAAAAUGAUUACUAUGUGUAUCUUUCAGAUUUAAAGAAUUGGGAUCUGAUCUAUAUGAAGGAUGUACAAUCAAUGCAACAUGUUACUCAACCACCACCUCGAUAUUCAGAGGGCUCUCUAAUAGAAAAACUAGAAGGUCUGGGAAUUGGAAGGCCUUCAACUUAUGCUUCUACAAUUAAAACAUUACAGGCUCGAGAAUAUAUAACGAUUAGCAGUCGGCGAAUCUUCCCUGAAUUUCGUGGUCGAAUGGUCUCCAAAUUUCUUUCCCAUUUCUUCCCAGAAAUCAUUAACUACAGCUUCACAGCUUACAUGGAAAGUCAGUUAGAUGAUGUCUCAACGGGGUCUAUUGACUGGAAAAAUGUUUUGAGCAAGUUCUGGGAAAGUUUUCAUCCAGUUUGUGAAAGGGUCAGCAAAGUUGGUAAUAAUGAAGUACAGAAUAUGCUUACACAGUCGUUUGAAGAUUAUUUAUUUGGUACAGAUCGCAAGAAAAGCAGAACAUGUCCUGCGUGUAAGACAGGGACGUUGACAUUGAAAGCAACUCGCCAUGGAGCUGGGUAUUUCGUGGGUUGUAACAGAUUUCCUGAAUGCCCGUACAUUGAAGCAACUUCUUUGUCUGAAGAAGACAAACCAAACAGCAAGGAGGAAAUAGUGCCAAGCUUUGAGCCGAAAUUGCUAGGCACUGAUGUGAAAUCUAAUAUGCAGGUUUUUCUGAAAUGUGGGCCUUAUGGCCAUUACGUCCAGCUAGGAGAGGAUACAAAAGGUUGGAAGCCAAAGCGUGCAAGUGUUUCUAAGAUCAAAGCAGAAAAUAUUGACCUGGACAAUGCUCUUGAACUGCUGAGAUAUCCAAUCAUUCUGGGCAAUCAUCCAGAGGAUAAGAAACCUGUAACAUUGGCACUGAUGAAAUAUGGCUUUGCAAUUAAGUAUCGACAUUUAAUAGCUACAGUGCCCAAGAUUGAUGGAAUUGUUGUUAUGUUUCAAAUUAUGUAUGAAAUUAUGGCACUUGGACAAGUUCAGAUUUGGUGAGGUUCAGACAGGUUCAGAUUUGAUUGAUUAAUUGUGCCAUUGCAGUUUGAAGUUUUUCACAUCAAUGCCAAAGGGGGAGAUUGUUAGCAACAUUGUUUGUCAUUGAUGUCAAUUAAAGUAUUUUGUAUUUUUAGUGAUGUGCUCGCAAAGAAUCAUUUUGAUUGGUCUGCAUUGGAUAGAGUACAUACAUGCAGCUUGUUGUUGAUUCAUGUCUGCAAGCCUGCAUUGGUUAGUUUUACUUAUUCUAUCUGAUAAGAACACAUAAUUGACAAAGUAAUGUCAACGUGUUGAACAAAUUAUAUGAAAAUUCAUACUACAGAUGUCAUAAGGGU